CGUCAGUAUAACAGGUUGAGCACUAUCCUCAACUCAUUUUGUUGUUCAAAGACUUUUUUUUGACUUUUUGAAAACUUUUACAGUCAUCUCUACUUAAUCAAAACAAUAUGAAAGUUAUUCUAUUGCUCCCUGCAAUUCUUGCAGUUCUUAGGGCUGAAACAAUUCCAGAAUGUGUUAAGACAGAAUCGAUUGAACAGUGUGUUGAAAAUCGAUUGGUUUGGUUUGAAAUGAGCAUUAGAUCUAAUUUAACGAAGAUUGAAAGUCGUUUAAGUGAAUUAGAAAAUAAAUACAAUGAUGAAAGUAACAUGGAAAAUGGAUUGGGGGAUGAAAUCAGACAAACUACUUUAAAACCUGAGAACUAUAAAGUGAAAACAAGUACAAAGAAACUUCACACAACUAAAAUGACAGAAAAGCCUACCGAAAAAAAAGAAGAGCACACUCAGCCAAUGACAACAAAAACAAUUGCUGAUAAAAUAACAACAAAGGUAGAUGAAAUGAAGACAACAAUGAGAGAAACACCUGAAAUAGAUAUGACUACAGUAACCCCAUCAACAGUAAUGACAAAAUCAUCAACACCUGUAAAAGUGCCCUUAACCCAAAAACUUAUGUGUGAUAAAACGCAAACGAUAAAUCAACUACCAAAUUGCAAUAACCCCAAGUAUAUUAUCACCUCUCUCAACUAUCCUCAGAGCUAUCCAUUUAAUUAUCAAUGCAAAAUUAUUCUGGAUGAAAUAGAUAAUUCGGUAAUCCAUAUCAAAUUUCUGGAUUUCCAUGUUGAACAAGGCCAAAGUUGCCCUUUCGACAAGCUCACUUUCAAAGAAGGGAGUAAUUCAGCUACUCUCUGCGGUAGAGGUCAUAUAAUCCCGGACGAUAACGAAGUGGACCUAUUCCAAUCGAAUAUUGCUAUUCCAAAGUUAAAUACCACCUACACCAUUGACCCGAAUGGUCCAGUAGAAAUAUCAUUCUUAUCUGAUAAUAUUGUCAGAGAGAAAGGAUUUGUCAUGCAUCUUGAAUUCAAAUGCGUCGACAAUUAAGCGAAAGAGGAUGUUUGAAUCUACAAUUGGAAGAUUUUAAUUUGUUCCUAAUUUUAGUAAUAAACUUACUUAAGCAAAAGAAAAUAAAAACACUUUGUUUUAUAUUUCACAUUCGAAGAUGAUCAAAU